AGUAAUGCAAUAUCGUGGAUGCCAGCUGCCGUAAAACCUCGAAGAAGAAGAAGACGAAGAAGACAACGACGAAGAAGAAAACAUUAGCAUCAGCUGCUCGGCGGGAAUAAAUGAGUGGCUUUAUGCGUUUGUAUUGUGUGUGAACGUUAAUGCAGCCGUUAAACUGCACAGCGGCUAACUGCUAACAGGCGAGAAAACACAGUGACGGUUCUCUCCAGACUGACUGCUCAUAUGAUGCCAACAGAACAUCAGGUGUGUUCUGGACCUACAGUUAGACCAUCUGAACGUCUGUUUCUCCAUCUGCUGCCAUAAACCACCACAUAUUCAAAUCUCCAUGGUAACUGAUGCUGCACACCUGACCAGCUGUGGAGGAGAUUUUGUUGGGAGUUUGUAGGAGCCUACAUGCAUUCAACAGAAAAACAUUUUUCCCUUUUGCUUCAGUGUCGUCAGUGUCUGAUAUGAGCAGCUCUGCUCAGAGGAAGAGGACCACAGGAAGUCCUCUGGUUUCCAGACCCAGCACCAAGACCAGCAGAGGAGCUAAUGCAAACAGAGCAGCCAGGAGAGUGGCUAACAGGACAGCUAACAGAACAGCUGCCAGGACUGCUAACAGACCAGGUAGCAUUAGCAGGACUUCUGAUGAGGACCCCGCACCCCCCACAGAGACCAUCGAUGUGAUGGACAACACCGAGGACAGUGUGGAGGAGGUGGUGGAUCUGACCCGUGAAGGAUCAGAAGCCGCGGUGGUCGACCUGACCAACAACGACUCCGUACUGCUGGUGGAUGAAGGUCCUCAGAACAGAGUCACCGCGGCUGAGAGUUACGUCGUCAGCAGCGAUGAAGAUGAGGACACGCCCCCCGUUCUCAACGCUGCAAUGAUGUCAUCGCUACACACCAACAGCUCGUCCAGGUCGACUCCAGGGACGAUCAGCUGUCCCAUCUGUCUUGACUCGUACUCUGAGAUCAUAGAGAGCGGCCGAUUGGUCGUUUCCACUAAAUGUGGUCAUGUGUUCUGCAGCCAGUGUCUGAGAGACGCUCUGACAUCAUCACACACCUGUCCUACCUGCAGGAAGAGACUGACCCACCGGCAGUACCACCCCCUCUAUAUCUGACAUCACUCUGACAUCAUCACACACUGCUGCUGCUUUUUUCCAGUGACAUCAUCAAAUCAGGAUGGUUUUUUUUUUGCUGCUGAUUUUUUUUCUUGUAGAAACAAAAGACUUUCUGUCGGAGCUGCAUUUAGGGUGAUGAUUGACUUCAUUGAUUUAAUGUAUAUUAUUGAUCAUAUUGGAUAUCUUUGAUAUAGUUUGUUCUUUAGCUUUCAGCUCAGAAAUACGUUUUUGUUUUUGUCUCUCUUUUUUGGGCUGGACCUUAUUUUUUUGUGGCUAAUAAGAUGUGAUAAAGUAGAAAUAAAUUUUAUUGAAUUCUG